AUGGAGUGUGAGGUUCAAGCUUGGAUUUCCUCGGACCCUGGAGCAGAGAGGUUGAAGAAGGUGUCUGAGGCCAAAGGGGUGAAACGCCCUGAAGACCCUGAGCAAUGGCACGUCCCUGCCCAUCAGGGGGGCCAGUCCCUGCGCCUGGUGAGUGUGGCUGGCAGUAACCUCUGCCACACUGAGGUCCCAGGAGGCAAAAGCCCUGAAUCCUCCCCAGCUCUCAGCACCAGGGCCUUGGAGCUGCCCCAUGUAGAGGAUGGAGAGGCAGCACCCACUGUCCUGGAGAAUGGCUCAUCUCUGCCAGUGCUGGAGGGCCAGUCCCUGCGCCUGGUCUGUGGUGUCAGCAGCAACCCCCCUGCCAGGCUGAGCUGGACCCGGGAAAGCCUGACCCUGUACCCCUCGCAGCCCUCGGGACCUCUUUCGCUGGAGCUGCCUCGAGUGCAUCUCAGGGAUGAAGGAGAAGUCACCUGCCGAGCUCACAACCCUCUGGGCUCCCAGCACAUCUCCUUGAGCCUCUCCCUGCAGACUGAGGACCCAGCCACAGUGCAGCCUGUCUCCGGGGUGACGCUGGGGGCUAUCUCGGCAGCUGGAGUCAAAGCCCUGGUCUUCCUGUCCUUGUGUGUCAUCUUCAUUGUCGUGAGGUCCGGCAGGAGGAAGGCAGCAAGAACAACAGCGGGCGUGGGGGACACGGGCGUGGAGGAGGCAGACGCUGUCAGGGUCCCAGGAUCUCGGGUGAGUGACAUGGGCGUCUCCACAUCCAGCUUCCUGCCUGGA